AUGACCCGUAGCCGUUGGAUCGGGAGUUAUCAAAUGGAAGGCUCUGAUUGCUUCGGACGGAGGAAGGGUUCGAAAAGGGUGGCUGACGGGGCAAAUGCAUGGACGGCGAUGUCGAAUGGGAGUGCGACACUUGGAAAACUCGACGCGUACGAGGAUUGCGUGGAUAACUUUUUGAUCUCCAUGGAUGGAUGGUAUAAUGAAGAUGAAGGACAACCGAGCUCUUCUUCGGGUAGCUAUAAGAAGAAACUCUUUGAAGAUUAUAAGGGUUCAGUUUGCAGCACAGAGAGUGGUUGUGUUCCAGGCUUGGUUUUUAAGCAGAAAUUGCCUUAUAUAGAGCUAGAGUAUUUUGAUUUGUUAAACUCAGCUUCCAGUCUCGCACAAUUGGAGUUCUAUAAGGAAGCUGGAAUAAAAGUUGCUGUGUUCAUCGGAUGUAGUUGCGGAGAGAUUGAAUUAGGAUCAUUAACUUCCAAUAAUUUUUAUUUGCAGGCAAACAUGCAAAUGUUAUUUAACAAUGACUUCAUUAACUUUCAGAGAUCCCAAAUCCAGCUUGGUGAACUUUAUAUGCCUGCACAGAACAUACUCUCAUCUUCUUCCACCUCUUCUUUGAAAUCUCUCUCAGUUGGCAGCCCGGAAUACACUUCUCUUAUUCUCAGCAAUCCAGUUACAGACCAAUCAAUCAAAAAUGGACAAACUUUAACAUCACAACACCAAAUAACUAUGGAUCCAUACCUUCUACUUCCUUCUCCCCAGAGUGCAGAUGCUGCAUUAACAAGAGCAUUAAUGGCUGUGUUCUCUUCUUCUGGGACAGAUCCACAGCAGCAAGAGAAAGGUAGAAUGAAUCUGUCGUCGAGCUCCUUCGAGCCAUACGGCUCCAUUCAAGCAAGCUUUGAAUCUAGUUUUAGCUCAGAAGGGCAAAAAAUGAUAAAGAGAUCUAUAUCAUUGUUGAGAAAGGUUCAUGCGUUGAAUUAUGCUGCAGCUAGAAUGCAUGAUAAGCCACCUAUGAGUAGCAGUAAACUGCAUCAUGUUAUUGCAGAGAGGAAGAGGAGAGUGAGAAUUAGUGAGAGCUUGCGAGAUCUGAGAAUGUUACUAAGGCUUCCUCCUGGCACUAAGAAGGACCAUGUAACAGUGCUUUCCAAGACAAAAGAUUACUUGAAUACUCUGAAAGUUCAGAUCAAAGAGCUGGAGGAGAAGAACAGAAAGCUCGAACUGCAACUAAAAUCAAACAAACAAGCUGUUCCAGUUCCACUCACUAACUCCAAUGAAAGGGUAGAAAUUCAAGUUGUCAGAGUAUCAGAAUCACAGCAAAUGAACAUUUUGAUUAUUGUAAGAGAGGAGGUGAGGUUGAUAGAUUUGCUUCUUAAAGUUCUCGAUCGCUUAAAAGCGAUGGGAAUAGUGAAUCUGACAACAAUUGAUGCAAGCUCGAGUCCUACUAUGUCGAGCCUUACAUUACAAGUUCAGCAGGCUUUUGAUUGGGACGAGGACUCCCUUAAGCAAGCCUUGACCAUGGCGAUACUUGACCCGGACAAAGACAACCACUGA